GAAGGAGACCCUUCUCAGGAAAAGACAAAAGUCUGGGAACAAAGUGCCGCGGCCGCCUUCGCGCUUCGAGGCAGGGGGUAGUCGUAUCCUUCGGAGCCAGCGCCCAUGAGGCACAAGAGGAGGAAACUCAUAGCAGAUCAGAACCUAGAAUGGACACUUACUUUAAAGCUGCAGUCUCUGACUUGGACAAACUACUUGAUGAAUUUGAACAGAAUACAGAUGAACUUGAAAACAACAGAAAUUUAAAUCCACAUGAUUCCAAGCACCACUUACUUUCUUCAGAAUUAGAUUACCAGCAGCCAAAAUUCUUGGGACCAAAUGUGCAAGAAAAUAUUAGUUGUACUACAUCAGAUGAACUCUUAUUGUCCACUCAGACUACAAAUGUAGCAAAUUUUGAACAACUGAACUCUGAGCAGAAUGAGAAAAAUGUCACUGGGUUAGAUCUUCUGUCCAUGGUGGAUGGUGGUUCUUCAGAUAAAAAUCAGCCUUCUUGCCUGGGGCGAUGCAGUAUACCUGUCUGUGAUCUCAUUAGUGACACAGGUAAUUUGAGCCAUGCAAAAAGUAAUUCAGAGUACAUUCAAAAACUGCAGCUAGGUGACUCACAGGCUAGUCUUUCUCUUAUUGGCUUUGAUAUAGCAUUGGUACCAGCCACUGCUGGUAAUUCCUCAGUUGAUUGUAGUGCUAAUUGUGAUACACAGCAACAGAUUGAUGGAGAUGCAGCUGAAAAACAGAGUCAACUGGAACUAAAGACAGGCAGCUCUUCUGAAACAAAUGAAGUGGACUCUUGUGAGGAUCAAGAAAAGACAGUAAUUUUGGAUAAGAAUGAAGUUUUUGACAAGAUAGAACAAGUUACAGGCCAAGUUAUGUCACUUGUACACAGUUCCAAAAAUGAGUCAACAUGUGAAAAGCUACCUUGUCAAACAUUAGUGGAUGGAAACAAUGGAAAAAGUCAAAUGAUACAUGAAGAAAGCAUCAAAACCAUUUCAAAAGAAGAUAAAAUUGAAUCUGAAGCUUCUAACCUACCAAAGAUCUAUGAGUUGAAUAAAAACAGCUUAAUAUUGCCUAAAGAUGAGAAUUCUCAGAAUGAGAAUAUGCUAGUAUUAGAUAAAACACAUAGUACUGAGGAAAAAUUCUGUAGUCCAGAACAGAAUACCAAUACAGCUUUAAACAUAGCUUCAACACCAGAGGUCUCUGAAGAUGUACAGACUUCACUGUCCUGUCUUCCACUUGCUGUUUCUAUAUGUGGGUCAUUGGUUACAACUGAUGACACAAAUGGAAAGUUUGCUGAGGGUGAGGUAGUAGAUGUCAUCAGUAACAACACUGUACACACAGAAAACCAGAAGAGUGCCCUCCCUAAAGGAGAAUUGUUUGAAAGAAAAGAUCCUUCUGAACAAGGUGAGAUUCAAAACAAAACCAGCCAAUGCUGGCUAGGAAAACCUUCCUUUACAGAUAAAGAGAAGGUGAGUUUUGACAACAUUACUAGUAACUGUGAAUCUUUCCAACACCAAGACUCUGCUGCUACUAUUAGUUCCUCUUCAGCUGCCAAUCCUGAAGCAUUCAGCAGUGUUUUGCCCAUUGAUGUUGGUGACAGAGCUUUAAUGGAUCUAGUUGUGGAAGAAGACAUUAUUGGAAGUGAUAUGCUAAUUAGUGAUGCUGAACUUGAUGCCUUCUUGUCUGCACAUUGUCUUGAAGCAAAUAGUUCAAAGCCUCUGAAAGAAGACACAGAUGAUGGACUGUUGGAAUCUGAUGUGAUUAAUGACAGCUUAAUAGUAGCAAACAAGCUGAACACCAGAAGUGAUGAUUUGCAGGCAGAAAUGGAAUUUAAGAACAUAGACGCUCCUGUCGAUCUCAACUGUAUAGUAUCCAAUCCUGAAUCUAGUUUAGGGAUUCUAGUGGAAAAAUGCACACGGCAGGUUCAGCAAGAGACUUCAGAUCACAUAAAUAAAACUGGAGGUGAAAUUUCAGAAGUUGCAAGUAGCCAACAGAUGGUGCAUAGUGGAGGUGCAAGGCCAAAACAGUUGCUACACCUUCCACCAAAAGCCAAAAAUUGUUCUGAGUUUAGUAGUCCAAAUACAGUUGAACCUCAAGUGAUAAAUUCCACCAUCCCAAAUACCCAUGUCUCAGAUGAUAACAUUUGUCCUGAUUCAAGCUUCAAUUAUAAUAAUGCUGAUGCACAAAGCUCCUUGGAAGGUAAAGGAGGCGUAUCUGUAAUCUCAGAACCUGCUAAAGUAGUGGAACAAGCUAUAGCCCUGGGGCAGAAGCCAUCCUGGGUUCCUGAUUCAGAAGCACCAAAUUGCAUGAAUUGUCAAGCCAAAUUCACAUUUACAAAAAGAAGACACCACUGUCGUGCUUGUGGGAAAGUUUUUUGUGCCUCCUGUUGCAAUCGAAAAUGCAAACUCCACUAUUUGGAUAAAGAAGCAAGAGUCUGUAUAAGCUGCUAUGAAUCCAUUAACAAAGCACAGGCAUUGGAAAGGAUGAUGAGCCCAACUGGUCUUGUGCCUAAUUCCAGUAUCUCUGAAUAUUCAACUGUUGCACCUUUGCAGGAAGCUCAGACAUCUGGGCCAUGCCCUAAAGAACAGAGAAGAGUUUGGUUUGCGGAUGGUAUUUUGCCCAAUGGGGAAGUUGCAGACACAACAAAAUUGUCAUCUGGAGUCAGAAGAUCCCCACAGGAACCAUGCCCUGUUGACAGUCCAACAAAUGACAUUGUCUGCAAAACAACUGAUAUAAAACCAAAAGCUGAAUCACAUGCUGGACAAACUGAGAUCUUGCGUUGUUCCACUUCUGUUCUUCCAGAAGAGGACACAUUACCCAGUAAAGGACAACCUGAACUGUCAUGUAAUUCUGACUGUCUUCCCACUAAAGGACAAUCUGAACUGCUAUCUAGUAAUUCUGACUGUGAGAUAACUGCUGAAUUCCCCACUAUUGUUGAAGCAGCAAAUCAUCCUGUUCCUGUCUCAGCGAAGGAAACUAGUGAUGUACCUGUUAGUCCAUUAGAUUACAGGAUGCUUUGUGGUAUUGAAAGCUGUGUUAGCAAGGAGAUAAACCUUAAUCCUGAGGAUGAUAGGUUGCCACCGCUUCUGCUUGCAAGAGGAGAAAAUGGCAAAGAAUCCUUAGUGGAAGAACAUCCUUCUCAUCAGCAAGUUACUUUACUACUUGAAGAAUCUAAUCUAUUAACUUUCAUCCUAAAUGCAAACCUACUUGUGAAUGUCAAGAUACUGCCUUAUUAUUCGGAAAGAUGCUGGUACUUCUCAACCAAUGGACUGCAGGGCUUGGGACAGGCAGAAAUUAUUGUACUGUUACUUUGUUUGCCAAAUGAAGAUGAUGUUCCUAAAGAAAUCUUCAAACUAUUUAUCAACAUAUAUAAGGAUGCCAUAAAAGGAAAAUUCAUAGGAAAUCUGGAAAAUAUUACCUUUGCUGAAGGCUUUCUUGGUAGCAAGGAGCAUGGUGGAUUCCUGUUUGUUACACCAACUUUUCAGAAACUGGAUGAUCUUGAAUUACCAAAACAGCCUUUUUUAUGUGGCAUUCUUAUUCAGAAACAGGAGGUACCUUGGGCAAAGGUUUUUCCAAUUCGUUUGAUGUUGAGAUUGGGAGCAGAAUAUGGGGUGUACCCAACACCUUUAACAAGUGUCAGACAUAGAAAGCCUUUGUUUGGAGAUAUAGGACACACAGUCAUGAAUUUACUUGUUGAUCUUCGGAACUAUCAAUAUACAUUGAAUACAAUAUGUAAUUUAUUUAUUCAUAUGGAAAUGGGUAGAAGCUGCAUAAAAAUACCUCUGAGGAGAUAUAAUGAAGUGAUGAAAGUAAUGAAUAAUUCUAAUGAACACGUCAUUAGCAUUGGAGCAAGUUUUAGUACUGAGGCAGAUUCUCACUUAGUUUGUGUACAGAAUGAUGAUGGAGUCUAUCAGACACAAGCGAACAGUGCUACUGGACACCCUAGGAAAAUUACAGGUGCAAGCUUUGUUGUGUUCAAUGGAGCCCUAAAAACAUCUUCUGGAUUCCUUGCUAAAUCCAGCAUUGUUGAAGAUGGAAUAAUGGUACAAAUAACUCAGGAAACUAUGGAUGGCUUACGUCAAGCUUUAAGAGAAAAAAAGGACUUCAGAAUUACAUGUGGCAAAGUAGAUUCAGGAGAUCUGAGAGAAUAUGUAGACAUUUGUUGGGUAGAAAAUAAAGAAAAAACAAAUGUGAGAGUUACAAGCCCAAUAGAUGGGAAAUCUAUGGAAGGAGUUCAGAGUGAAAAAAUAGUUCAAGAACAAUAUUUUGAAAUGGACGAAAAACUUAUUAAGUGUACGGAAGUGUUCUAUCUCUUAAAGGCCAACGAGCUAUAUAGUCAUGCUCAUCAGUUUGCUAAAGAAAUUGCAGUGGCUUCUUGUACUGCUCUUCGUCAGCAUCUCAAAACACUGAAAAGUAACGGAAUGAACAAGAUAGGCCUUAGAGUCUCCAUGGAUACUGACAUGGUGGAAUACCAAGCAGGAUCUGGAGGUCAACUUCUUCCACAGCAUUACCUAAAUGAUCUGGAUAGUGCUUUGAUUCCUGUAAUUCAUGGCGGGACAUCAAAUACUACAAAUCUACCACUGGAAAUGGAAUUAAUAUUUUUCAUUACAGAAUCUCUGAUAAUAUAACUGGCAUCUAUAUUAUGGUGUAGUGGACGGAAUUGCUAGCACUGACCUAUACCAAAGCAGUUACAUUACACUAUGGGCAAAAUAUUCAGGUUUAUUUUUUUAGAAACCAAUGAUUUAGUACUACACAUUUAAUAGGAGUUUGCCUUUUAAAAAAAUGUGUGUUCUUCCUUAACCUCAACAUGAAAGCUCAAUUUAAACACAUUCAGUUCCUUAAUGUUCUGAAACUUUACACUUAAUACAGCCAUGAAAAAGGCAAGGAAGGAUUAAAACUAACGUGUGUUUAAAAUAUUGAGGUAUAUCCAUCUUCCUUUUGCAAGCAAAUAUUUGUGGUGGUGUUUGCAGUCAGAUGCGAGUCUAAUAUGUUAUUAACUAGUUUGAGGGUUUAAAAAGAUAUAUAUAUUUGAACAGAACAGUAUCUAGCUGGACAGUUGAGGUUCAAAUAUAAAAGCUGUUAAAUUUAUAGAGUACUGGCAUACUUAAAAUGUCUAAAUGAACAUUUAAAAAAAAGAUUGCUCAAACUAAUAUUAGCUAUAAAAGAAAAACUAAGCAUGUUUCUGCCAGGUGUGAUAAUUUUGUAAAGCUCUAGUUUUUAACAUUGGUACAUUUGAAGUGUAUAAUAAUGCUUCCAAAACCUGACAGCUCCCAUCAAAUCAUUUUUGAAUGGCUAACUUUGUUAUACAUUUAUAAUGGAAUUAUUGAACAUAAAAAAUAUUCUUUAUAUUAAAUACUUUUCCCCCCUUCUGUGCUCAGAUGUGCAGUUGUUUCUUGGAUUUUCCAAGAAUGAGUAAGGAUCCAGGCGACCCUUAAAGUAGUCAUCCUGUAGCAGUAAAUCAGGCAUGAAGCCUGUCUGUGCUCCAUUCUCUAAUUUUUGAGACCUCUUGGUAUCCCUGUUUAUUUUCAGGGAGAACAAUGUAUUAAGUGUGAAUUUUCAUGAACAGUUAGCUGUAACAUACUUGAUGCUCUUUAUACAGUACUUAUUUUUAUAAUGGGAUAUUUUCAGUAAAUAAGCAUUUAUGUUUGAGGGUGAUGAUAGAGUAACCAAAUUAACCAAUUGGUUCAUGGGUAACCAAAAUCAGUUUUGAUAAUGCGUGUAUAAUGUUCCUGUUUGUUAUGCAUGGAAGCAAAUUCUGUCUCUCUUUGUGUGUAUUUGUUUCUGUCUGUGUGUCUUUGGUUUAUGAUUACAAUAUUAGACUGCCAAUUUACUGCAUUCUAAUUGUAUUUAGAUACCUUUUAAUAUUCACCAGGGUAUAUUUACGUUGUAUAACUGCUGGCCAUUGGACUAUUAUGGUUCAACCAAUGCACUCCUUUGUGUUAAUUAUAAUUUGUGGGCCAGCUAAAGAUUACAGUAACAUUAAUUUUCCUAUAGGUUCUGUUAUCAGUGAACAGUGGAAGAAAGCUGCAGCAAAGUCUGCUGAGUGUUUCAGAUACUGACCCAUCAUAUGUAACUAUCGCUUGUACAGCAUAAUAUUGUAUAGAACCAAUUAUAACCCACUUUGUCAUAAUAGCUUUAUGUUCUCUUGGAAAUUGACCUUUCUUUAUACUUUAUUGAUAACUAACAGCAUUAGACUUUCAUUUUAGAACAUUAUAAUAAAUAUUAUUACAGUAUUUAUAUACUUAUAAAAAUGCUUAGAAUCUCAGUAAA